AAGCUAUUUCAGCAUUUGAUGGAUUACAAAUUAAAACAAUGCACCUUCCAAUUGAUAUUCGUCUUACAGUUGAACAAGUAGUCAAAAUGAUUAAAGGAUUUCAACCUCGAGAAAUACUGUUCCCUCACAGAGCAGUAAAAAGUGCAGAUGACAUACGAAGACAAAUACCUUCUUCAUUGGUUACUUUGUACGAAUAUUUAGAUAUUGUUAAUAUCUCCAUAAAUUCACAGUAUAAGAGAACUUAUAUGGCAGAAGAUCUUGCAUCAGAAAUAUUUACAACAAACAUUGGUGAAACAAAGGUCGCUGCAUUAUAUGCAAAUCUCAAAACAUAUAAUAAUCAAUCUUCUUUGAUUCCUUCUACAAGCAGUCAAAUAUUAAAACAAACAUAUGUUAUCGGAAAUAUUAAUGUACCGAGCUUGAUAGAUAAACUAACUGAGCAGUUAUAUGGUUGUCUUAUUACGUUGGAUGAAGAUACAAAAACUGGGAAGUGCACGAUUUACGUUGAUUCUCCAAAGGUUAUAAUCUCUUUAGAUAGUAACAACAUUAAGAUUGAAACUAAAGAUAAUUAUACUAGAAAAUUGGUUUCGGAUGUUUUGAAUCAGCUACUGAUAGCAUUUUGA